CACAAGGCCGCGCGCGGGUGGCCACGUCCCUUUGUGCGCGCCCGGAGCUGCGCGCAGCCUUCAGCAUGAGCGGCUUGGGCGCCGCCGGAGCGCCCGCCAGUCCAGCUCCGCCGGCACAGGAGGAGGGCAUGACAUGGUGGUACCGCUGGCUGUGCCGCCUGGCGGGCGUGUUAGGGGCGGUGUCCUGUGCCAUCUCUGGACUCUUCAAUUGUGUCACUAUCCACCCUCUGAACAUUGCAGCUGGUGUGUGGAUGAUCAUGAAUGCCUUUAUCCUGUUGUUGUGUGAGGCGCCCUUCUGCUGCCAGUUUGUGGAGUUUGCAAACACAGUAGCUGAGAAGGUGGACCGGCUGCGCUCCUGGCAGAAGGCUGUCUUCUACUGCGGGAUGGCCAUCGUCCCCAUCGUCAUGAGCCUGACCCUGACCACACUGCUGGGCAACGCCAUCGCCUUUGCCACCGGGGUGCUGUACGGACUGUCUGCCCUGGGCAAAAAGGGUGAUGCCAUUUCUUAUGCUCGGAUCCAGCAGCAGAGGCAGCAGGCAGACGAGGAGAAGCUGGCUGAGACUCUGGAGGGAGAGCUGUGAGGUGAGGCACAGCCGCCUAUCCUCAUUGCCUACCGCCAUUGGGUUCUGUGUUAAUUCUGCAAAAGGCUGAGUAUCAACUCUGUGAAAUGGCCUGGGAGAGGAGUCCCUGCAAGUCUCCAUGCCUCGAGUCUUCCUGUGCCUACCUUGUUCUCUGGACCUACUAAACCUGGAGCUCCUGCCCCACUAGUACUGAAGGCCUGGGUCAUAGGAUAUGAAUGGGAUGAACUCACUCCCGUCAGCCUAUGGUGCAGAUUUCUGUGCUGGUGACCCUUCCCAGACCUAAGAACAGCCUCCCUUGAACACAGUGGCCCACACUUGAUUAAGAGGCUGAUCAUCCAGGCUCCUGCCAUUUCAGGUUUUAUCCUUUUUAGGUCCAAGUGGCAGUUGGGACUACAGUUCUGUUCCAUGCACCUAUCCUCAGAGCAGAGGAUGAGUACAACAGUGUCCUGAGGGCAGCUACUGCCAACAGGAGGAGAGAUGCUUGGUCUUUUAAGAAUCCAUGGCACUCCCAGGAUGCAGCUUCCUGGCCAGAAGAACAGCCUUGGCAGUAGCCAGAGGGCUGGAUGGAUGUUCCGUGGUCCCAGUGCUAGGAAGUGUGUGUGUGUGUGUGGUGUUGGGUGUUGGGUGUUGGGGAUGUGUACUUCUGCUAGCCUGCACAGAGACCCUCCUUGUCAGGGUUGGCAGGCUCCCUAUUAGUAGGGAUUGACCUCAGGUAUUCCUCCCAACCUGCCCCUGGCAGCCUUUGCAAAGCUGGGCAGAGCUAGGGCUACCUCUCAUACAGAGCUGGCCCCUUCUCAGGUACCAGACCAUAGAGAGUAUACCUGCAUGGCUAGGGCAUGGAGAGCUACUGUGAUGGAAGAGAGCUCCAGGGACAUGCCCUGGCUGUACCCUAUCCUUCCUGUUCACUGCUAUCUUUUCCUACUGUCCGGUGACAUUGGCACUAGUGGCUGGUUAAAUGGGCCAUUAGGCACAUAUUUGGUGGCCUGGCUGAAGAUGAUAGGGAGAAUUCUGAGCCCUGCCUCCCUCCUCUGCUAGACCUUCAGCUGGGCCUGCUCUAUGGAACUCAGGCCUGAAGUUGUCACAUUUCUAGGGGAUCUUUAGCUCAUCAGUGUUUCAUAUAAGGAGUAGUGGGCAUUCUGGGAUAGAGGCUCUUUGAUCUAUGGGCCUUGGGGAUAGCAGCAGUUCUCCAGAGAGCUUGGCCAUGCUGAACCAAUGUCAUAGUGUAGCUGGCUUGGUGGGACAGGUGUCAGAGGUGUCACAGUUUAUCAGAGGCUGUUUUUCUCAAGCCAGGGGUGGGCUUCAAGGGCUGUGUGUGAUUGUGUGUGUCAGGGCCUGUGUUCACAGUAAGACCUGUCUACCUCCUAGGAGGAGUAAAGGCCCCACCUGCUCCUCUGGUUACUUGUGUAAGCAGGAGACUCAAGUCACUCUGUUCAGGCCUCCUGCCCCUGGCAAUGGAACUCAAUGGCUACAUGUAUAGUAAGAUUGUAUCCUACUAGGGAAGUCCAUUUUGUGCUAGGCAGGCUAGGGUGGGGUGUAAAGGUAGAGGCCCUCAGAUAUAGACCAGUGUAGGGUGGUCACUUAUGUCCUGAGGUUCUUGGCAGGUCUGUGGCACAAUGGCUUUGGAGCCCAUUGCUUUGCCUCUGAGAAUGGGCACUGACCAGCCCCAUUCUUGUCUGUGUCUGGGUGUCUUCUGUGGCUCUCUUUGCCACCACCCUGGUUUGUUUGUUGGUUGAGUUACCCUUGGAGUAAAGCAAGGUUGUAGUUGGCA